ACUCAAACAACGAGGAUGAGGUAAUCACACCGGUGGCCGUGACGGGAGCGAUCACGGCACAGGGGAAAGGAAGCUGAAGCUUAAAUCCGCUUGAAGAGACACUGUCACUCGUCGCCACUGCCUGCCAACAUUCAUCUUCCGCUCGCCCCCCGCUUCCCUUCCCCUUCCUAUCCGCCGGCGGCAAGCCAUAGCCCGUCGCACUGUUGGGGUGCAGGAUGGGCCAGGGGAUCAGCUGCGCCUGUUCCGGCUAUGACCACGACUUCUUCGCUGCUGUCCAAGGUGGCGACUUGAGGGCCGUGGAAUCGUUCAUCAGGAGUGAUCCCUCGUUGGUUUUCCGCACCACCAUCUACGACGGCCUCUCCGCCCUCCACGUCGCCGCCGCCAAUGGGCGCGUCGAGGUGUUGUCGAUGAUUUUGGAUCGAUCUGUCAAUCCUGACACCGUGAACCGGCAUAAACAGACUCCAUUGAUGUUGGCCGUGAUGCAUGGGAAAUUCGCCUGCGUGCAGAAACUACUUGAAGCUGGGGCAAAUAUCUUAACGUUUGAUUCUUUAAACGGAAGGACCUGCCUGCAUCAUGCUGCUUAUUAUGGCUAUGCCGACUGUCUUCAGGUGAUUCUGUCAGCUGCCCAAUCCGCGACUGUUGCUGAUUCGUGGGGAUUCAGGCGUUUUGUGAAUGUGAGAGAUAGCAAUGGAGCCACUCCUUUGCACCUUGCAGCAAGGCAAACAAAGCCUGAUUGUGUCCACAUUUUGCUAGACAAUGGGGCUCUUGUCUCUGCUACCACCGGUGGAUAUUGUUGCCCUGGGAGCACAGCUUUGCACUUGGCGGCUCGGGGUGGAAGUUUGGAUUGUGUUCGUGAAUUGCUUGCCUGGGGAGCUAAUAGGCUUCAGAGAGAUUCAUCAGGGAGAAUACCAUAUGCUGUUGCACACAAGCGAAACCAUGGAGCAUGUGCAGCUUUACUGAAUCCAUCAGCGGCGGAACCUCUGGUGUGGCCUUCUCCAUUGAAGUUCAUAAGUGAACUUGAUCCAGAUGCAAAGGCUCUAUUAGAGGCAGCUUUGGUGGUGGCUAACAGGAAAAGAGAGAAGAAAAUCUUGAAGGGGAUUGCAUAUUCCUUGCCAUCUCCCACUCAUUCAGAUGAAUCAACUGAUGAUGAUACACCUGAGGAGAGUGAUAGUGAGCUCUGCUAUAUCUGCUUCGACCAAGUCUGUACUAUUAAGGUCCAAGACUGUGGGCACCAGAUGUGUGCUCAUUGCAUGCUAGCACUCUGCUGCCACAAUAAGCCGAGUUCCAUGAGUUUGUGCUCAUCUUCACCAACCUGCCCUUUCUGCCGCAGCAGCAUAUCUCGACUGGUCAUUGCAAAGAACAGGGUUAAAGAUGAGGGAGACAAGGACACCAUCUCCAAGCUUAGGAGAUCAAGGAGAUCUACAAACUUCAGUGAAGGAAGUAGCAGUCUCAAAGGCUUAUCAUCAGUUAUCGGGUCAUGCGGAAAGAUGACUCUUGGCUCAGGACAUAUCAGUGAUGGCAAUGAUAUGGCGGACAAACCUUCAGAUGUAUAGGGUAGUUAGAAGCUUCGUAAGUUUUGGACCACUGAUGAAAUCUUGAGCUGGCCAUGGUGAACUCUCACAUUCAGAAACCUAAUGGAGAAGAGGAAUAAACAAGCUCUCGCAAUUUUAUGAUUGAAGCCAAUGGUUCUUUUGGUCAGAUAGGAGUACUACAUGCUGCUUUGUGAGGAGAGACUGCAGAUGGGUUCUGAGAACUCGGCUGGUUUCUGCAUCAUAAACAACUACAGCUUCUCAAUGUUCUUUUCUUAUCCAUUAAGUAUGAGAGUUUGCCUGUCGAUCUUGCAUUAUAAUGCUUUGAUGUAUUUCAAGAACUCGUUAUAAGAGUCUUUUUGGUGUUGGCCAUCA